GGUACAGCUUCAUCUGCCCCCCAACGCUCACAUCGUUAUUUUACCUGCACUUUCACGCUUAGCAGCACAUCUUUUACCUGCCAAGCUACUAGUCUAGUGGAGCAGAAUGGGCCUCUACACGGUAGGAUCGCUGGCGCACCGUCGAUGACGAUAAGUUACAGAUGACAUCACUCGCGGCGGGGCGUAUAACAAGGUGGUCGUGUGACCACCUCUCCUCGCUUGUCCCACACUUGUACUCGUCCAGCUAAUCCCCAUGCGACCCUUGGAGAAGGAAAAGUUGCCUACGCUCCCCGUUGUGGACCCCGCUGUCCCGGGAUCGCCUCCCGGACCAACGAGGAGCAGAACAAAGCGUAGCUUGGUGGUUGCCGCAGGCAUCAUCACUCUACUACUAUUCAUUUUCUCGAGGUCCAGCUGCUCAACAGAGUUUGACAUCCCCGAAAGUCUUCGAUUCCUACUCCCCUCCACUGGUACCAACCGAGUCAAGGGAGUGAAGUCAGGCGUCCCUAAGCUGGGCGUGCCUGAGAAGAUACAGAGGCGAUGGGGACAAUACUCACCCUAUUUCCCUGCGGGAAAGUACGUCUCACCCCCAGCAAGUUGUGUUAUUGAUCAAGUCAACAUUCUCCAACGCCACGGGGCCCGCUACCCUAACAAAGAUGACGACUACGAAGUGGCCAUAGAACGCCUGCAGUCUGCAAAGAAGUUGCAUGAUGACUUGAAGUUUUUGAAGGAGUAUGAAUACACGCUUGGGGAGGAGGAUUUGAUCGCUUUCGGGGCUCAGCAGUCUUUUGAAGCUGGGCAGCAGGCUUACGAGCGUUAUUCAUACCUAUUGGCAACUACCCUACCAUUUAUCCGCGCAUCUGGCAUACAGCGCGUCGUUGACUCCGCGGGAAAUUGGAGCCGGGGUUUUCUGCCACCGCAUUUCCUCGGAUCUCCUCACCUUCCGCCAGACGCCCCGCUUCCGAUACAAAUUAUUUCCGAGAACGUGAAUAAUACCCUGAACGACGACUGUCCCAACGCUCCUUCUGAAGAGAAGUACACGGACCAGUGGCUUCGUCAAUUCGCACCCUCGGUCAUCCAUAGGCUCAAAAAGAUGGCGGAGGGUGUCGAGCUCGAGGACGAAGAUGUUCAUCGGCUUAUUGGCGUCUGUGUGUUCGAGACAAUUUCCGACGGGAGCCAAGAGAUGCGCGGAAUGCGGCGCAAAGCUGCUAAAAGCCCCUUCUGCGACCUGUUCACUCCGAAGAAUUGGAAGGAAUGGGAAUAUUGGGGCAAUGUCGAGAAGUACUAUAAGACGGGCUACGGCAACCCAUUGGGCCCUGUACGGGGUGUCGGCUACGUCAAUGAGCUCCUCGCCCGUCUGACGCAGUCAAAAGUGGCCGACCAUACACAGCACAACUACUCCUUACCGUUCCCACUUGAUCGCGCUCUCUAUGCCGACUUUACACACGAAAACUUGAUGAUCGCGGUUUACAGUGUGCUCGGUUUAUUCAACGUCUCGACGCCACUCGAUCCCAAAAAGAUGCCCAAGGACAUGGAUCGAGAAUGGCUUGCCAGUCGCAUGGUUCCCUUCAGUGCCCGGAUGGUCGUCGAGCGACUGCAGUGCCUGACCCCUCCGGAAGAGGUGGGUGGGUUCGAGGGAAGGCAAGUCAACCCGCAUUGGAGCCCGAGACUUCUGGCCGGGGCUGCAGAAGAUGUCAAAUCGCGGAAGCACGGGACCAAAAGCGGCACCUUUGUCCGUAUCUUCGUUAACGACGAUCUCCAGCCGCUCGAAUUCUGCAGCCACGAUGUUGAUCGGCAGUCCGCGCACUGGCAGAAGAAGCACAGUCUAUGCACGUUAGGAAAUUUCGUCGACAGUCAGCACUACGCGCGCUCGAGCGGCGAUGGCGACCUCGAGAAGUGUUACAACUGAAUUAUCGGCAGAAGGCCUGGCGAGCAGUCGUGUGGUGUGGCGUUAUGGUUUCUUUGCCACGAACGUUUACGUUGGCUCAUGCAAGACCGUUGAUGAUUUUUAGCGCAGACACACAGAUACAUUGCCUGUAUGUAUUGUGUACGUUAUAUGCCGCAAUAUACGCCGGGACUCAUUGAUUUACACAUCUGC